UUCUGGUACUCCCCCUACGUGAGCUCUGCCGGGCCAGCCAACUCAGCAGCAAGCUCAAGUCACAAGGGUUUUGCUCUGUUUCAUACUGAUGUCUCUUUUACAGGAGUUAUUCAGCGCUGCACUGCUGUAAAGUAUCACUACACCUCCAGCUCUCUGCCACGGAACUUACCCAUCAACAUCACCAACACCAUCCGGCAGGAUGAGUGGCACGCUCUCCAUCUGCGGAGGAUGACAGCUGGCUUCAUUGGCAUGGCAGUCUCCAUCAUCCUGUUUGGGUGGAUCAUCGGUGUGCUGGGGUGCUGCAAACAGCAGGAGCUCAUGCAGUACGUGGCUGGACUACUCUUCCUAAUGGGAGGUACCUGUUGCAUCAUCUCUCUCUGCACGUGCGUAGCUGGGAUCAAUUUUGAGUUGUCGCGCUACCCUCGCUACGUCUACGGGCUGCCAGAGGACAUCAGUCAUGGCUAUGGCUGGUCCAUGUUCUGUGCCUGGGGAGGCCUGGGCCUUACCCUGCUGGCUGGGUUCCUCUGCACUUUGGCCCCGUCCCUCAACACUUCGCGAGCAUCCGUACAAAAACCCAGACAAGAGAACGGGGCUGUGUGACCUCGGCGGGGGUGAGGAGAGACUCUGGAAAGCGCAGCCUGGGCAGAGCUGUGGGUUAACACCAGAAGAGGCGGCGUGUCGGUGUGAGGAGCGGUGCCAUAGCUGUGGAAAUACCGGCCUGGGGGCUGCUGCUACAGACUCCAGCCACGGAUAUUGCAAGUAACUCCAGGUUUGAAUUAUUGCCGAUUUGCUCAUUGAUGGUUUAAGGGGGGACAGUUCUGUUUUGUUUUUCUGUUUACAAGGGAUUAAGUCCAAGGCUGUGUCUUCUUUUGUGCUGUUUUUUGAACUGUACCUCCAUGGUCCUGUUACUGUCCAGUUGUAAGGGAUGUUUACUCACCAACUCUAUUGCUGCAGGUCUGUGUAACGCAGACCCAAAUUAGGGCAAGAAGCUAUGUGAAGUUGGCUUGAACACUUUUGCAACAGACUUGUCCAGUGUUGGCUCAGGCCAUAAUUUCCCAAAAGAACCGUGCCAGGGUUUAGGCCAAAGAAUUAGCCCAUCAU